AUGGCGCACAACCUCGUUGUCACAUUGUUCAUUCUAGCGGUCAAUGUCGCCGCGGUGGCGACACCAUUCGUCUAUGCGACCAAAUCUCCGGCGAGCACAAUAGCCAAGGAGGACGAAGCAACCAAAGAAGGGGAUGCAACCGCCAAGGCACCCAAGCCGCCACCAAGGGCCACCAAAGGGUCUGCCAAGGACCACAAAGAAGACACUAAGGGGGAUGCGGCCGCCAAGGCGCCUGAAGCAGCCACCAAGGGGUAUGCCAUGGUCCCCAAAACAGAUGCCAAAGGGGUUGCUGCAAAAGGGUCCGGAGCACCCAUGUCAUGGCCGGAUGGGGGGCCUAAGUUCGUCCAAAUGGUCAUCAAGAACCCCUUCUUGAAAACCACACCACCAUCAAGUGAUGGCCUCCCCAUUGACCCGACUCCAGAAGUGGAUUGCUUGCUUGUCAUUGCCUAUGCUUUUUCCCACAAGCGGUUCCCAAGCAAAUCCUUGCGUACUUAUGCCCGGAAGUCCGGACCUCCGAAACGUCCAAAGAAAUAUCUUGAGGUUCUAGACUUCGCUACAUCCUUAAAGUUUGGGUGUUAA